UAUUUCAAACAAAAGGCAGCCUGUUACUAAUUUCUGGUUGCUAGGUGUGGCCUCCUUUCAAAUUCUAUAAAAUCAGAAGCCCAAGGCUCCAGUUGUAGUGUGAAACCCUCAGAGAAGAACCUCUCCUCAGUUCUUUGGAAGACGGUGGAAAAAAAUAUACUUCUUUAAAAAUGUCAAUGGUAUCAGCAUUCCUCAAGCAGGCCUGGUUUAUUGAAAAUGAAGAGCAGGAAUACAUUAAAGCUGUGAAAGGAUCCAAAGGUGGUCCUGGGUCAGCAGUGAGCCCCUAUCCCAGCUUCAAUCCGUCCUCGGAUGUUGAUGCCUUGCACAAAGCGAUCACAGUGAAAGGUGUGGAUGAAGCAACCAUCAUUGAGAUUCUAACGAAGAGAAACAAUGCGCAGCGUCAACAGAUCAAAGCAGCAUAUCUCCAGGAAAAAGGAAAGGUAGGUUGGAGUGGUAAAUUUAGAUAUUUAGUUUCAGUUAUAUUUAUGUUUAAAAGUAGGUUUUGAAGCAGUUACCUAGGUCUUUGAAUCUCUAACUGCUGUUUCCUAUUACAACUAAGACUGGGAUUACAGUAUUUAUUCACUUGGUUGCAAUUUAAUAAAUUCUAGCAAAUUUACUGGUUUCAUACAUUGGUCAUCUUGGGUCUUUGCAGAUGUUGUGUUCUGU